CCUCACUGUCACAGAAAGAACCUUACAAAAAGAGAAUUUGCCAACAGAGCGUGUCAGCGGACCCGCCGGCACCGAUACUAUCAUGGAGGGCGACGACCGGAGGGCCCCGCUGCUGGGCGCCGGCGGCCGUCCCCCGUCUAUGCGGCGCCGGGACUCGGCCCGGUCGCUGCGCAGCAGCUUCCUGGCGCGGCUGCCCGACAAGGUGCGCGCCGGGCUCGACCCCGAGCGCCCCGCCGACGCCGACCUCGCCCGCGCCAGAGGCCUUUCCCAAGGUGAGAGGGAGUACUACGAGAAGCAGCUCGCGACCCUGAGAACCUUCGAGGAGGUGGAGGCGCUCUGCAUGCCCGGCGAAUUCGACUCGGAUGGCUCGGAUCAUGGGGCCUUCGAUGACAUGGUGGAGCAGAAGCAGAGCGAGUUCGCCAUGAAGAUUUCCAAUUACACCAAUAUUGUGCUACUGGUUUUUAAGGUGUAUGCUACGAUCAGGACAGGGUCCAUGGCAAUUGCAGCGUCAACGCUUGAUUCGUUGCUCGAUUUAAUGGCCGGCGGUAUCCUUUGGUUCACACACCUUUCCAUGAAGAGAGUGAACAUUUACAUGUACCCAAUUGGGAAGUUGCGUGUUCAGCCUGUUGGGAUCAUCGUCUUCGCGGCCAUCAUGGCAACUCUGGGUUUCCAGGUCUUGGUCAAAGCUAUUGAGCAAUUGGUGGAGAAUAAACCUGGCGCGAAGAUGACAUCAGAGCAGCUAAUAUGGUUGUACUCCAUCAUGCUUUCAGCAACUGCUGUGAAACUUGCUCUCUGGUUUUACUGCAAGAGUUCAGGAAACAGCAUUGUCCGGGCUUAUGCAAAGGAUCACUAUUUUGAUGUGAUAACCAAUGUUGUCGGUCUGGUGGCUGCUGUUCUUGGGGACAAAUUCGUAUGGUGGAUCGACCCCGCGGGGGCUGUACUGCUUGCUGUAUAUACCAUUGUGAACUGGUCCAAAACCGUGUUAGAAAAUGCAGUUACCCUAGUGGGCCGAUGUGCCCCCCCAGAGAUGCUGCAGAUGCUGACCUACCUCGCCAUGAAGCAUGACACACGAGUCAAGCGGGUUGACACUGUUAGAGCUUACAGCUUCGGAGUUCUCUACUUCGUUGAGGUUGACAUUGAACUCUCAGAGGACAUGCCGCUACGAGAGGCGCACACCAUUGGCGAAUCACUGCAGGAGAAGAUCGAGAAGCUGCCUGAAGUCGAGCGGGCGUUUGUUCAUAUUGAUUUUGAGAGCACUCAUAAGCCUGAACACAAAGUCCGGAGCAGGCUGCCGGCUACUGAUCCUUGACAGAUUUUCACAUACUCAUGUACAGUGUUAGAUUUAACUGAGAGCACGGUGCUUUCACUUAAGGCACCGGAGAUCAGCGACGAACUCGAUGGUAAAAUGUAAUUUCCUUUCCUUUGCACCUGUAAAAUAAGGGCAGCACGGCUGUCUCACCGGAAUAAUACAUGAUUUAACCUUUCCGGUUUACUGAUCC